AUGCAGCAAACUGAAGAUUCAGAAAUUGAAGAUGAUAAUGAUAACAAUUCGCAACAAAUGUUGACUAAUAAUUUAAAUCUUAGUCAAAUCGUUGAUUUAACUUUACCUGAAUUUUUAUCAACUAAUAUUACUUUAUUUGAAUCUGCUAUUAAUAGAUUAUCUUCUCACGAAAGG